AUGAGUGGUUUCCGUUUUCAAACCACAGCGCUAAAUGCUCCAACUCAGAAGCCCAUUUUCCCCCAUUUUGCCCCAACAAUCAAAUGGCUCUUUCGCCCCUCCCACGCCCUUAUUCUCCCUAUGUCUCAGACCCAGCCACCUCCGCCGUUGACCCCUCUCUUCUCCGCCGAUCCCAACUCUCCCCCGCGUCCCAAUGACGUCUCCGGCAUCAGCCCCGGCUACGCCAUCGCCGUCGCCCUCGGAUUCCUCGUGCUCUCCUCCGCCACUGUCUUCUCCGCCUACUUAUGCUUCCGAUCCGGCGCCGCCCGCCGCCGCCAGACCACAAACACCUAUCCCGGCACGAACUGGCCGGUCGAGAUCAGCACCUACCGCCUCCCGCGCGUGAUCUUUGUCGCCGAGGACGACGGCGGCGGCGGCGGAGGGUUCCAGGACGAUGCCGCCGGGCUAGAUCCGGCGGUCAUCAGCACGUACCCGAAGAUCGCGUACACGAGCGUCGGCGGCGGGGAUUGUGGAAACGACGGCGUGUGCGCGAUAUGCCUGGGCGAGUACGGGGAGAAGGAGGUGCUGAGGGUGCUACCGGACUGCGGCCACCGUUUCCACGUGAUGUGCGUGGACGCGUGGCUGAAGAUGAGGGCGUCGUGUCCCGUCUGCAGGAGCUCGCCGCUGCCGACGCCGAUGUCGACGCCGCUGCAGGAGGUGGUGCCGCUGGCUCAGUACGGCGGAGCGUGA